CGUAUAAAUACAACCGCUCAAAUGCUGUCACUUCAGUUUGGGAAGCUAAGAAAUGUGGAAAAUAUUCUUGCUAUUGGUUCUUUGUGUCCUGCACUUGACCCAUAUUGAAGCUCAAUGGAGUCGAGAGUACUGCGAGAAUAUCUAUAACGAUUGUCAGCGAUUUACUCCCAGAAUAGGACGAUUUGAUGAGACGAUAGACUCCUUUAAUCGCCAUUGUCGUCGGGAGCGCAGAGGAAGGUGGAAUAGUGUAUCUCGAUGUGAAAUGGAAAAGGCCACUUGUCUUCUGAUUUUUCGGCGCUGUGAUGAUAUGUCCUGCAACAACAUUGCAGAUGUCUUGGAAUUGUAAUCAAGUCGUUGUAGGAAGU